AAAGACGAAGCUUUCGACGAAGAUGAUAAGUUGAGAUUGGGAUGAAUUGAUAAGACAAGCAGGUGUAGAUAAUUCAAAUGGAAAUCAAGCGGGGGGCUGCAAGGUUAUAUACUCUCGGUAUGAGGACACCUUGACUUGAUGCUGACGUCUCUGCUCUUACUCUCACUCUCUCUCCCUGCCUCUCUCUUUCAGAGAAAUGCGCGCUUUCGAGACGCCCCUGCGCUAUUCUCUUCCAACAUGUGGAAGUCUCCGCUAAAACCAGGCAAACGCGGGUCCUUGCUCAGUGACACCCAUGGGAUGAGUUUCUUGAGUCGUGCAUGGUCGUGGAUACCGUGGAGGCGAAGUAGCAUGAGAAGUUUUUUUGGAUCCAAGACCAGGAGCCUGUCUGCUCCACUUAGAACACAAGGACCAUACCUGGUGGUGAAAUUUUAUGAUUAUGACAGAAUAGGAUAAAGACACUGCCCUUUGUUGCGAGAAAAGCAUGCUGCAGUCGACGUACGGAGUACUUCCUACUGUACGGAUACAGAGUGACAGAGUAAAGGUACUGCCAAAUGGGAAAAAAUGGACCGGGAUGCGGCUACAUGCCCAGAGGGAGAAAACUUGUGUGGCACCAAAGG